AUGGCAGACACCACGACUAUAAUCACCAACGCCAACGCGCUAUAUGGCAAGAUUUCGCGCGCAUACGAUAACCUUCGUAAGCUCGGCGAGGCCAACAUCACACUCGGUGCAGUGGAAACCCGGCUUCUGAAUCUCGACAAACUGUGGGAGAAGUUCGAUGCGAUGAAUGAUAUCUUGGCUGAGCGUGUAGACGAAAUAAAGCAUGACGUCUAUGCUAAACAGGACAUACCUUCACUCGGCGAAGAGUCUUAUCUCGUGAACAAGGGCCUGAUGUUGGAGAUGCGGCGUACUCUCCAGAAGAAGGAACGCGCCGCUGCUUCUGCUACUUCAGAGACAUCACCAUCGGCGCCUCGCACCACGCUACCUCGAAUCCAGCUGCCGACCUUCACGGGAAGAUACGAGGAUUGGCCGGCCUUCCGAGACCUCUUCGUCUCCCUCAUCGGUCAGGAUAAGACGACGAAGCCUGUGGAGAAGAUGCAUUACUUGAAGAGCUGUGUCAAGGGCGAGGCAGAUCUUCUCAUCAGAGACCUCAGUUCUACCGAAGCCAAUUACGAGCGAGCCUGGCGAACUCUAAGCGACUACUACGAAAAUAAGCGCUUACUAACCCGCUCUUAUAUAACGAAUUUUUUAAGCCUGCCAAAGAUGAAGGGAGAAUCCUCUACUGAGCUUCGGAAGAUAUUCCACGGCAUCAAGACUACGGUCAGCUCGCUGGUGAGCAUCGACCGGCCAGUAGGGAGUACUGAAGAUCUCUUUGUGCACCUCGCCGUUGACCUUCUCGAUAGUCGCUCUCGCCGCGAGUGGGAGACCUCCAUCAGCGAAACGAACGAGCCUCCGCCAUACGCUCUGCUAGAGCGAUUCCUUGAGCGACGCCUUCAUACUCUUGAGUCGUUACCCUCGACGAAGAUCGACGUCUCGUCCAGCAAGGCCAGCGGGAGUCAGUCGAGGUCGACUCGUACGCACCAUGCUCGUAAGCUGGACUCAAAGGAGCUCAAGGGAAACACUAAAGGACGCUGUUCAGCCUGCCAGGGUGACCACUUCGUGAUGCUGUGCGACGCUUAUAGGAAAAUGACGGCCUCAGAGCGCAAGCAGCACGUCGAAGGCAACGACUUGUGCGGAAACUGUCUCGGCCGACACAAGACCAAGGAGUGCGCCUCCAAGAAGAACUGCUCUGCUUGCAAUGACCGGCAUCACACCUCACUCCAUGAUGCCUACCGCUCAUCGGAGACCGUCAAAACGGCGCACGUCAGCAAGGGACCGGUUCCGACGCCUGUAGCGGUACUUUUGGCCACAGCACGCGUUCGCGUAUGCGAUCGCUAUGGUUCCUGGCAGUCCGUUCGCGCCCUCGUCGACCAAGGCUCGGAAUCCUCCAUUGUGUCGGAAAGGCUCACCCAACGCUUGCGGCUAGCACGGAGCUCCGCUUCAGUUUCCGUGUAUGGAGUCGGCGGGAAAAAGACAGGCGUCUCAAAAGGUAAAGUGGUACUCACCCUCCAGUCUCUUAGUGGCUGCCCUUCCAUCACCGUCCACGCCCUGGUGCUGCCGAAGCUGACCAUCUACGCCGGCGGCUACAACGGCUGCGGGCAUAACUGGCCUCAUCUUCAGGGUCUGGAGCUCGCGGACCCUGAUUACCGCUCAGCUGAUCCGGUUGACAUCCUCCUUGGUGCGGACGUUUACAGUUCGAUCCUCUGUCAGGGCCUAAAAAAGGGAAAUCGACAUGAGCCAAUAGCUCAACAAACCACGCUCGGCUGGAUACUGUCAGGCGUGGUUGGUGAGACGACUACCGGACAUCACGUUCACACUCACCAAUGCCGAGUUGAGGACGACGUCUCUAUCCUGGUGCGACGCUUCUGGGAGCAGGAGGAGCUUCAACGGCCUUCACAACUCUUCUCCAAGGCUGACCAGGAGUGCGAGGAUCAUUUCCUAAGACAUCACAGCCGUACCGCCAACGGUCGAUAUGUGGUGAGACUGCCGACGAUCGAGCCUCUGCCUGAUCUCUCAGCCACUCGACGCGCCGCCAGUCGGGCCCUGCAACACGUCAGCAAAAAAUUAGAACAAGAAAAUACCUUCCGCAGCAUGUACGUGGAUUUCAUGGAGCAAUACUUGGACCUCAACCAUAUGAAGCCGGCUCCCCUGUCGACCACUGGAUCUCUACAGCGAACCUGCUACCUUCCUCACCACGGGGUCCUGCGCGAAAACAGUGUCUCUACCAAGUUGAGAGUGGUCUUCAACGGUUCGAGCUCUUUGGCCAACGGCGACUGUCUCAACCGAUUCCUGAUGACGGGACCCAACCUGCUUCCCGCCCUAGCGGACAUCCUACUACGGUGGAGAAGGCACCGGUUCGUCUUUGCCACCGACAUUGAAAAAAUGUACCGGCAAAUCCUGGUGCAUGCCGAUGAUCAAAGCCUGCAAAGAAUAUUGUGGAGGAAGGACUCGGAAACAGAGAUCAAGGAAUAUUGGCUGACUACUGUGACUUACGGUUUAGCCUGCGCUCCAUACUUGGCCAUCCGCACACUGCAUCAGCUCGCCGUGGACGAAGGCGAUCGUCAUCCUGAGGGAGCCGCGGUCCUCCGCUCCGACGUUUACAUGGACGACAUCCUGUCUGGAGCUUCUACCCUCCAAGAAGCCAAGGAAAUCCUCCGACAGCUUGUUCUGAUCUGCAAGGCGGGAGGCUUCCCUCUGAAAAAAUGGUCAGCUAAUCACCCUCAGUUACUUUCGACAUUACCUACCGAGGACUGCCUCCAGCAAGAGGCAAGAUGGUGGCUGCCUGGGGAAAGUCAUGCCACCCUGGGAUUACGGUGGCAACCUUGCGACGACCUCUUCUCCUUCGCCACCAGCCAACCAACGUUGUCCACGAUCACCAAGCGGUCAGUCUUAUCGUUGACAGCGAAGCUGUUUGAUCCGCUCGGUUGGCUGUCUCCCACGACUGUUCUCGCCAAGACUCUAAUCCAGUCUACUUGGUUGCUCGGCAUCGACUGGGACACUCCUCUUCCGGACGACCAUGAGAAGGCCUGGUUACGCUUCCAAGCGGAGCUCCCUCAACUGGAGAGACUGCACGUUCCUCGAUGGCUGGGUGGAGGAUCGACUGACUGCCGCCUGGAAGUCCACGGAUUCGCUGACGCCUCAGUCCGUGCCUACGCCGCUGUGGUGUACCUAAAAACCGAGAAGAACGGGGAGUAUGGAGUUACGCUGAUUGCCGCCAAGACGAAAACUCCACAGUGGUUCUCGGCUGGAUCCGUGGACAUCCUUCUUCCUGGGUCACAUUCGUUGCCAACCGGGUCAGCGAAAUUCAGACGUCGCUCCCCGACGCCCUUUGGCAUCAUGUCCCUGGACGCGAAAACCCGGCUGACUGCGCCUCUCGAGGCAUCUUCCCUGGAGAUCUGGAGGCGCAUCCACUUUGGUGGCAGGGUCCCUCUUGGCUGA